GGGCGAAAAGCAGAAAAGAGCAGGGCGAACCUGAAUGCGGGUGCAUCAACGCAGAAGAGCAUCGAAGAUAAACUGGACUCCCACAGCCCGCUCGAACGCAUCACAGCCACGCUGUUCCUCGCUUUGUCGCCCGUCGCGAAUAACUACCCACUCGAGGGAGCAUGCGCCGAACAUCUCUCGACGCUGUUGCUGCAGUACUACCCUCCGUUCGACGGGGUUGUGCUUGCGUAUGAGAAUGCACGUUUGUCAGAAAGCUCGAACGACGGCCUGCAAGCACCUGGUCCCUCCACUGUGCUGGCGCGCAGCAUCAACGAGUAUGGCGUCGAGUUUGUCUGGGUCACAGCCGACUUCUUGAUCUUCAGGCCUGCGCCAGGCACAUACCUCAAAGGCGAGGUCAAUCUACAGAACGAGGGCAUCUUUGGCUUGAUUUUCAUGAACUACUUUACGGUUUCGAUACCCAGUGAGAACAUGCCAAAGGAUUGGAGCUGGCAGGGAGACCAAUGGGUGAAUGCGCAGGGAGAGGUGGAGAAAGAGGUGAUUUGCAAGGUGGAUGACUUUGAGCCAUCGGGAGAGGGCAGCAUCUCGAUUACGGGAACUUUG